AUGAAUGAUUAGAAUGAAACAAAAAUAAAGUAAAUAGGAGAUUAUGUUUUUGAUUUUAAUAAAAAUAUAGGUUCUGGAUAUUCAUCAAAAGUCUAUUUAGGAGAAAAUUUAAAAAAUAAAUAAAUAGUAGCAAUUAAAGUAAUUAGUUCUCGGACAUAUACAUCUCCGAUUUAAAGAUCCUUGUUAAAAAAUGAGAUAUCUAUACUUUUGAGAAUAGAUCAUCCACAUUUAUUGAAAGUAUAUGAAAUAAGUCAAAGUGCUAAUAAUACAUACAUAGUUACAGAAUAUUGUAAUGGAGGAAAUCUAGAGCAUGAGAUGAAAAAAACUGAAUUAACAUUACCUAAAGUCUUGGCAAUUUUAAGAUAGAUUUCAUUAGGAAUAAAGGCUCUGCAUGAUAAAAGUAAAGAAAAUAUUUUUAAGUUAGAAAUCAUUCAUAGAGACCUUAAGCCAGCGAAUAUUCUUAUACAUGACAAUGUAUAUAAAUUAGCUGACUUUGGAUUUGCCUUAAUUGAAGAUUAAAUUGAAAGCAUCAUUCAAAGAUUCAAUGUUGGUACUCCUCUUUACAUGGCUCCAGAAAUUCUAUAAAACAAUCAAUAUUCAGAAAAGAGUGAUAUAUGGGCAUUGGGUAUUAUGUCAUAUGAACUCAUUUUUAAUUGUAUUCCUCCAUUCAGAGCUGAUAUUAGAAUAUUCCAUGAGGAUAUAUAAAAAAAAAGUCUGACAAUAGAUAUUUAAUAUUAAGCUAUAGUUAAAUAAUUACUGUUAGGGAUGUUACAAAUGGAACCUAACAUUAGAGAUAACAUAAACUAAAUUCUUCAUUAUCUAUCAUAAGAAACACCAGAAACUAUUUCCCCAAGAAUUUCAUAGCCAUAUAUUAAAAUAGCCUAUAAUUUUGUUCAAUCAAAUUAAAGUUCUCCAUUAUCCACACCUAAAUAAUUAUAAUCACCUAUCUAGAAUUAAAGAAUUAAAUAUCAUAAUAAAGUUCAAUCUCACAAAAAAGCUUAAACAUUUGAUUCAGUAAAGUUCUUAAACUUUAAUAAACUUUAAGAAAUACAAAAUAAACUUAAUUCUGUUUCUAAUUUCAAUACUAUGGAAGAUCAUCCUAAAUUUAUUUCAAAUACUUCAACCAAGAAUAAGAUUCCUUUUAAUCAUGAAUAAAUAGGCUAAUUUUCAACAGAAUGCUCUUUCUCAGCUCUAAAUAAUAAUAACAGUAAUAAUACUAAUAAAAAAUAAAAUACUUAAAAAUUGAAAAUAUAAUAGCCUUAAUUACCAGCAAUUGUUCUACCAACAUACAACUUUUGUAUAUUUUUAGAAAACAUUAUUAAUACUAUGGAUUGCUCAACUGAAUAGAAAUAAAAAUGUAAUUUUCUAUUUAGAAAAUUAUUGGCUAUCAAAGCCAAAGCAUUCUAUUCAUUUGCACCUAAAACUAUUAAAGAAUCUUUAGGUUAAUGGAUGAAUUAAUUAAGCAUUUACUAUGAAACAGUAUAACAUAAUCUGAAUUUCACUUUGGAUAACACUUUUCAAAUAUUUUUCAACUCUUAAUUAGAAGAUUAAGGUAAGUUAUUGAGUAUGUAUUUGGUGAGUCUUAUGAAUUAAAUAAUUCUAAAAGAAGAAAAUUCAGAUUUCUAAAUAUUAAUUGAUAUUUUAUAAGAAAAUGUGAAACAUCAAAAUGAUCCUUUUCUAUUUGCUAGAAAAUGGGCACUUAAUCAAUUAUAAUGA